AAAAACAAUAACCUCAAAAUAGUUGAGUUGAGUAGUUUUUGCUUCUUUUUCAUUUUAAUUUUGUGUUUUCAAAGAGAGGAAGAAAUGGGCUCUAUAUUUGGUGAUUUUUUGCUUUAUGCAAUGAUUAUAAUUGUAAUUAGAUAUGGGUUAUUGUUAAUGAAGAAACUUAAUCACCGGAGAGUAUAUGCUAAAUAUGGAGCUAAGCUUCCUCCUGGUUCAUUGGGCUGGCCUUAUAUUGGAGAAACUCUGCAGCUUUUCUCUCAAAAUCCUCAACAAUUUUUCACUUCUAGACAAAAAAGGUACGGGGACAUAUUCAAGACCCACAUAUUAGGGUGCCCAUGCAUAAUGGUAGCGAGUCCGGAGGCCGUUAAAUUUGUUCUGAUGGCAAAGGCAAAUUUGUUCAAACCAACGUACCCGAAGAGCAAGGAAAGAUUGAUAGGUUCAUUGGCAAUUUUCUUUCAACAAGGUUCUUAUCAUGCUCAAAUAAGGAAGUUGGUUCAAACGUCACUUUCACUAGAUACUAUUAAACCCCUUAUCCCCGACGUUCAAGUCAUUGCCAAAUCUACUUUAGAUUCGUGGGCCAAUGGUCAAAUUAUUCAUGUUUUUUACGAAUUGAAGAAGUUCACUUUCGACGUAGCUGUUCUAUCAAUAUUCGGUGAGCUGGACAGUUACUAUAUCAAAGUACUAAAGGAAAAUUACAUCACUUUGGACAAGGGUUACAAUUCUUUCCCAACAAUGAUACCUGGCACUUGUUACUUCAACUCUGUUAUGGCAAGGAGGAAAAUAGGACAAAUCAUAAAAGAGAUAAUGAAUGAAAGACGGGAGAAAAGAUUGGCAACAAGAGAUCUUUUAGGUUAUUUAUUAAAUUUUAAUGAAGAUGGGAAAACCUUAAAAGAUGAUCAAAUUGUGGAUAAUGUAAUUGGAGUUUUAUUUGCUGCUCAAGACACAGCUGCAAGCCUAUUGACUUGGAUUUUGAAGUACAUUACUGAUUUACCUCAUUUACUUGACCAAAUUAAGAGUGAGCAAAUGGCAAUUUACAAAGCGAAUGGUGAUGGAGAGAAGCCAUUGACAUGGGCGCAAAUUAGAGAUAUGUACAUGACACAUAAGGUCAUAUUGGAGAGCUUAAGGAUGGCAAGCAUAAUAUCAUUUACAUAUCGAGAAGCAACCCAGGAUGUGGUUUAUGAUGGCUACCUAAUUCCUAAAGGAUGGAAAGUACUGCCAUUAUUUCGAAACAUCCAUCAUAAUCCCGCCUUUUUUGAAGAUCCACACAUUUUUGAUCCUUCACGUUUUGAGGCAGCAACAAUAAAGCCCCACACAUUUAUGCCAUUUGGUUAUGGUGCCCAUGCAUGUCCAGGAAAUGAAGUGGCCAAGUUGUUAAUGCUCAUUUUUGUCCAUCAUUUGGUAACCCAAUUCAGGUGGGAAGUGGUAGGACCUCAGGGUGGCGUUGAAUAUGACCCAUUUCCAAUACCACAACAUGGACUCCCAGCUAAGUUCUGGAAAACAUCUCAAACCACUCCUACACAAAUUCAUGGAUAGCAAUUCGGGAUAAUUAAAUUUAGUUAUUAGGGUUCAGAAUUGAACAAUUUUAUAUACCGAAAAUUAUUAUAGUAAUCCAAACUAUAUGAAUUGGAUAUAUUUUAGUGAAAAUCCUAGCAAUUUAAUGUAAUAAUUUAGCAGAUUAAGCUACCUUAUGAUACGAAAUUGGCGUGAUAAUUAUAUCCCAUGGCCAAACAGAGCUCGAAAAUAGAAUUGUUUUAAUGUCAGAUGUAGGUUUUCUAAAUUUGCUAGGACUUUUGUGAGAACAUGCAGCAAAAUUAUAGAGGAAAAUUAAAAGAAUAAUAAAAGCAUCUAAAAGAUAUAGGAUUUUUUUUUCUUAUUUAAUCUGGUACUAGCUCGUAACAAUGUAACUAAUUUUGAUCAAGGCUUCUUAUUUAUCAUUUACUGUAUAAGUAUUGUCCAUUUUAGC